UGUGUAAAGUAUGAAGGCGUGGCUUGUACUCUGUAGCUGCACUGGGAGACUCAACUCAGAUCAGAGUCUACGUCUAUGGUCUAACUUCCUCAUCCAAUGUGUGUCUGUAACUGUGUGAGACUGAUCAAAUGGGCCUCCAUUACGGUGGUGGUAGGGGCUCUAUUUAUUGCUGUGGUCAAUUACUGGUUGGAAAACAAAUCGUAUGUCUUCCAAGCGGAGGACAUCGCUCGACUCACCAAUGAGGCGUUAACAGCUACAAAAGGGAAAGGUCACAAUGAGACUUAUCAAAUGAUGGAGAAGCUACUCCGAAAGCACUACCCCUCUCACAUUCUACCCCCCUCUCAGUUGGAGUGGAUUUACGUCAAUGCUGGUGGAUGGAUGGGAGCAAUGUGUGUUCUUCAUGCUGGCGUGAGUGAGUACCUCAUGUUUUUCGGCACAGCCAUAGACACAUCUGGCCACUCAGGGAGAUAUUGGGCUGAAUUCACUGAUACCAUCAUCUCUGGCGAGUUUGUUCAGUGGAAAGAGGGUACCAUUCAUGCUGAUGUCUAUCAUCCCGGAGACACAGUAUUUCAUGGAGUAGGAGAAGCAGCUGCUGUUCAAUGGACUGCCCCACUCUGGGCGGUGGAGUAUGGACGUGGUUUCAUACCCUCUGCUCUGGGAUUUGCACUCUCAGAUACUGUGUUUAGCACACAAGACUUUGUCGUUAUGUAUAAGACCAUUAAAAUGUACACUAUAGCACUAUUUUACGAAUGGUACAAUACUCUAUUCUGAUGUUCUUUAAUCUGUAGCUCUUAUGCAUGAUUUGUAUUAAAAUAGUGUUGAAAGAAAAUCAUAAUCUUGUUGA